CCCAGCAUGAGGCAGGCACCAUGGGCUUUCUGGAAAACUACCAGGAGAUCGAUCCCGUCACUUUGAACCUUUGCAUCCUCAUUGCCAGCUACGUUAUCUUGCUCCUGGUCUUCCUGAUAUCGUGUAUCAUGUACGACUGCCGGGGCAAAGAUCCUACCAAGGAGUACGCCCCGGACCCGCAGCCGACUCAGUCUCCCAUCAGGCUGGUGGUGAUGCAGACCUCUCCAGCCCCAGUGGGACGGUGGGACACGUCCAACAUGAUCACCACCUACCACGAGCCAACGCACUCGGACUUCAGGGAGAAGAAGAGCACGAUGGUCUGAGUCAGACUCGGCGGACUCACCUUUGUACAUACCUGACUCUUUUUUUUUUGUACGUACGUUCUUUUUACAACUCCUUGGUUUUUUUGGGGGGGGACAAUGUUAGGAUUCGACCUGCACCGGACCAGACUUGCACGGUUCAUGAACCGACGGGCCUCUGCUAACUGCCGCUACCAGCCCACCUGCUACGAGCAUGCUGCAAACUGCUACACUCAUGCGCUCCUCAUCGUGCCGGCCGUCGUGGGCAUGACGCUGCUGCACCGACUGUCGGACAACGGCUGGGAGAGGAUCACCGCCUGGGUGUACGGCAUGGGCCUGUGUGCCCUCUUCCUGGUCUCCACUGUGUUCCAUAUCAUCACCUGGAAGAAGAGCCACAUGAGGUCUAUGGAGCAGUGUUUCCACAUGUGUGACAGAGUGGUCAUCUACUUCUUCAUCGCUGCCUCCUACACACCUUGGUUGAACCUGCGAGAGUUGGGCCCUCUAGCAGCACACAUGCGCUGGUUUGUGUGGCUCAUGGCUGCCGCUGGAACCAUAUACGUCUUCAACUACCAUGAAAAGUAUAAACUUGUUGAGCUGGCCUUCUAUCUGACCAUGGGUUUCUUCCCUGCAUCAGUCGUGACGUCAAUGAGCAACACCGAGGGCCUUCAGGAGCUGGCCUGCGGUGGACUCCUCUACUGCCUCGGCGUGUUCUUCUUCAAGAGCGACGGCGUCAUCCCUUUCGCCCACGCCAUCUGGCACGUGUUCGUGGCGCUGGCUGCGGCCGUGCACUACUACGCCAUCUGGAAAUACCUCUACAAGGCCCCCAGCGCCGACACCCUCCUCCAGUCGUGACCGCUGGACGCCGGUUCUCCACGUUCCGCUCCCCCCAACCUGCGCUCCUGAGCGACGGCGUCCGCACACCGACUCCCUCAACUGCCCAGUGAAGCUGCUGCGGCAGCCCAAAAAGUUUACGACAACAAUGACCGUGAAUUGUUUACUGUUUUCUAACGCGGAGAACAGAUUUUUCUGCCCAACAGAAGCUACUUUCAAAGCUGUUUUGUACAACUUCAGUGAGGGAGGGGCUUUUUACAACGAACCCUGGCACAGUCAGUGUUUGAGAAAUUUGAUAGCAGUCUUUUGUAUCGCUCGAAGUGAAGUCACAUUCCACAUUGGGGUCAUUUGUGUGUCAAACCUGGAGAUUUAAACAUUUCAGCUGGUGGCGUGAACCCCAGGGACACUGAGCGAGGUGCUAGACAUCAGCUGUUAGCAGUAGCAGGGCUGGUACCAUCCAAACACCACAAUGAGCCGUUGUUUGAUACUUUACCUUUGAGAAACAUGUAAAAAAAAAAAUAAACCAAAGAAGAAUAAAUUUGAUUAAAAUGCGGAACAGAGUGAUUAAAGUACAGCAGAGCGACCAGUAUCUGAUGCCAACUUUUGUACCAGAAUGUAUUGAGGUUCAUACCCGGUCCCCCCGGUCAGGAGUUCAUUUAAACAAAAGUGUUUGAGGUCAGUCGGGGGGGGGGACCGUCUGAUCCAGAUCCACUCUUUGUUUUCCAGUGCGUGCUUUUGUUUCUGACCAGUAUCCAAACGCAGUCCUCAGUUUUCAGAGAACGCAGCUUUUCUGUGAGUAUGGAGCGCCACCUGCUGGGGGGGGGGGCAGGCUGCUCCAGGAAGGCGAUGAAGAGCAUUCCAGGGAGCUUUGCGGGGGGAAGGGGGCGACACUGGUGAGGAGUGGGUUUUUAUUAUUGAGCCACAUGAUGAGAGAAAAUCAGUGCAGGCGGUGUGAUGAGAGAAUGUUUCCACUUUAUUAAUGUGAAGAGUGCAGCAGAGCGUCUGCACCACCUUUGUACUGUAGUCCACUAUUUCCACUGAUUCUCUCUCUGGGUUUUUGAUUUGCACCACUAGGACGUUCGAGGCGGGGUCGAUCGCUGGAGAAACCUCAUGUUUUUGUCUCAUGCUGUUGGUUUUUGUAAAUUUGCUCAGUGGCUCAUAAAAUUCCCUUUCUGUUGCUUUCCUCUUAGUGACGUUCGGAGCUCAACGAGUGCAUAUUUCUCUGUUUUUUUGUGUCUGUUGAAACGGUUUCCUUAACCACUCUGUUUUGUAAUGUUUGUAUAUUCUGUCCUUUUUGUUCUGUUGAUUACAUGAUCCUGGCCUUUUGCAGGGAAAUAAACUGCUUCCUGUCUGUCCCAUUGGCUGUUAACGGUGCUGCAUAUACAUGAAUAUCACCUUUCUAAUGUGACAAUAAAAGACGAUAAUGCCCCA